AUGAAGUCGUUAUUAAAGAAGAAUAUCAAACAGAAGUAUGUUGUAGAAAUUAUUCAGGCGUCUGGCCUGAAGCUUGCCGACAACACGGAAGUGUUUGCCAAGUGGCGGCGAGGUGAGAAGAAAGAAAACCAUGGCUCUUUAGAAAAAGGAAAAGUGCAUGGUGGCGUCCUUUUGUAUUCUCCAGCCGUGUCUAUACCAAUUAAUUGCACACUGUUUCUCAAAAAGAAUGGGUAUGAAGAAAAAGGCUUGGAACUUUCUAUCUGGACAUCCACUGACAAGCCCAAAGAAAUAUGUAAGGGGGUCAUUGACUUAGCCAAAUUUGCCGAUCUUAAUGGUGAAAAAAAAGAUUGCCAAGUUGACAUGAAAGGAAAAGGUCAAACGCCUAAAAUGAAUAUCACGAUAUCAUCUGGUGUUGGUGUAGAAGGCGGUUCCGAAGACGAAACAGAAGUUCUUCAAAUUCAUAAGGACCCAGCCCAAACUAAUAUGGAUGUUCACGACUUACUUAUUAAAGAAGUGAGUAAAUCAAACCAUGAAGUUAAAAAAGAAAAGGUCAUCAAAGACGAUAUCAGUGAAAAAGAAGAGUCUCCAGACCCAGAAAAGGCAAAAGAAAGAGCCGAGAAAGAGCGUCUUGAACGUGAAAAAGAAGACAAAGAAGAACAAGAAUUAUUAGAACGGCAGAUGAAACAAAAAGAGAACAAAGAAAAAGAAGACGAGGCUGCUCGGAAAAAAGCCGAGGAAGAUGCCAAAAAGUCCGAAGAAAAGCCGACGAUUUUCUCUUCUGUUGGCAUUAAAAUUAAAGGGAAGAAAGAGAAAGAUAGUAAAAAGAAAUACACGCAAGACGACAUCGACAAAGCAGUUGAAAAAGCUCUGAAAGAGAAAAAAGCAAAACAUAAAGUCAAGAAAGAGGCAAUGCAAAAACAAAUAGAAAAACUCAAACAAGACGCCGCUAAGGAAAAAGAGACCGCAAUCGCAGCUAAAGAAACUGAAGUCGCUGCUUUGACCCAAAAAGUGGCUGAAACUGAAAAGUCGAAAGAAGAAGUCUCAAACAAACUCAAUGCGUCUGAAGAAGAAAACAAGAAGAAGGCUGAAGAGCUUGAUAAGACCAAGAAAGAUGUUGAAGAAAAGGAGAAAGCAAAUGAAGAACUGAAAGCAAAAGUUGAUGAGACUGAAAAGGCCAAAGUUGCUGUUGCUGCCGAACUUGCUACGUCCGCUGCACUUGUUGUUGAACUUAAGAACAAUAAUACCAAGAAGGAUGAGGAGAUCGAAGAACUCAACAAGAAGAUGAAAGCUGUUGAGGAAAGUGCUUCACAAGGGUCUGAAGAGUUACUCAAACAGAAGAACGAAGAGAUCGCAAAGAUCAAAGCUGAAUCCUUGGCUCUUUCACAAGAAAUUGAAGUAUUGAAAAGUUCUCAAAGCGAGAAAACUAAAGAAAUUGAGUUGGAAAACAAAAACAGCGAAUUGACGACUGCAAAUGAAACUUUGAAGAAACAGAACAAAGACUUUGAAGCCGAAAUAAUGACUUUAAAAACACAAAAACCAGAAGAGGCAGCUCCAAGUACAGUUGAGUUGUUGGUUAAUAUCUAUCACAAGAAUAUUUCAGAGAGUGAAAAGUUGACUAAACAUAUUGUCGAAGAGAUUAUUGGCGACAAAACUAAAGAAAUUUCGGAAUUGGACGAAUUGAAAGUUUUGGGAGACUCUCUCGAAACAUCGCUUUCUUUGUUACAGUCUUUGGCUUUGUUAACAAAACAAGAAAAAGUUGUUCCAGUUCAACGGGAUGGUUCGUUAAAACUUCAACUCCAAGAUUUGUACGUUUCUUUGUUCUUGAAAACGGUACAAUAUUCAAUGGAAAAGGUUAAUGGAAUGAUCGAAGGGAUGAUGUUCGAUAAUCAAUGUUUCGAGAAACGACAAGCCGCAGAAUUUGAACAAGUUUCUGCCGAAUUCAUUCCAAAGCACUUAAUGUCACUUUUGGGAAAAUACAAAAAGGCUAACUUAAAUGAAAAAUUGGUCGACCAAUUGAUGGUCCACUGUGUUAGAUUUGUUUCAAUAAAAAUUAUUGAGUUACUUGUACAAAAUGAUACAGUAACUUACUUCAAAGGACUCCAACUGAAAUUCUUCUUCUCGAUAUUGGACGGCGAAAUGAUGGAAAACACAACACUUAAAGGAUACAGAAAAUGGUUUUCUUCGGGAAUUGAUACUGCAUCUCUGUUAUUGAUUGGGGUCUCGAAAGAUAAGUUCGAUUAUAACGAACUGAAAGACACUCUCCCUAACAUCUCAGGUUCAAUCAUGCACGCAAUUCUCGUGAAGUAUAAGGCGGAUAAGAAAACACCAGUCGAUCAGUCUAUACUCGACAAAAUCGACAAGACUGACAAACCAUUCCCAAAAUCGUUAGAAAUCGUUUACUAA